ACUUGGGACGAGUGCCAAUUACGUGAAGAAUUUUAUAGAAUCCUUCCUCGCUCUACCUACACUAGGUGUAGACAUGCCUAUAACUGAAAUACGGACUUUAGCUAAACUUGCAAGAGACCCUGGACUUUACAACGAAGACGCGUAUUUAAAUAUCAGCCAGCUGGUGAACAAAUAUGGCUACGACUUUGAGGAGCACUUCGUCACGACCCAGGAUGGAUAUAUUUUGGCGCUCCAUAGGAUACCCGGAAAAGGGCCGCCAGUUCUUCUUGUGCAUGGUCUUCUAUUCAGUUCUGAUGAUUACGUCACAGCUGGACCUGAAAGUGCUUUAUCGUACUAUUUAUCUUCUGAAGGAUACGACGUCUGGCUCGCCAAUGCAAGGGGAAACAAAUAUUCCAAGAGACACGUGACUUUAUCCCCUAAUCAAAGUGAAUUCUUCAACUUCAGCUGGGACGAAAUGGGAAGAUACGACUUGCCAGCGACUAUAGAUUAUAUUUUAAGUGUAACUGAGCGAAAAAAAAUGAGCUAUGUCGGCCAUUCUCAAGGCACUACAGCUUUUUUUGUCAUGUGCUCUGAAUUACCGGAAUACAAUGAUAAAAUUUCAGUUGCGAUCGCCAUGUCGCCUGUAACAUUCUUUUCGCAUUUCUUUAGUCCGUUUUUGAGGUUUCUUUUUAAAAUCAACUUUUUUGCUACCCUAUUGGCUAUAGGUCAGCCGGAAUUUUUACCAGACGCGACCCUCUCUAGUGCUGUAUGUAGGCCUGCGCCGGCUAUGAAGUUUAUAUGCAUGAAUAUUUUUGUAUAUUUGUAUUUUGGAUUUGACAGAGCUCAGUUUAAUGUUACUAAUGUACCUGUAAUAUUUAACCACAACCCAGCUGGGUGUUCUGCGAAACAGUAUGAGCAUUAUAGGCAGUUGUUAUACUCUAAUAAGUUCCGCCGAUAUGACUACGGUAGGCAAAGAAACAUGGAAUUAUAUGGUAAAAGAGUACCUCCUAAUUAUAGUUUAGAUCGAGUCACUGCUCCUGUGGCUAUUUUCUACAGCCUCAAUGAUUGGAUUUCCAGUUAUGUCGAUGUGAUAAAAUUGCGUCGGAUUUUGCCCAAUGUCGUAGAUUUCUAUAAGGCUACAUUGUACAGCCAUUUAGAUUUCCUUUUUGGCAAAAAUGUGAAGGCCAAAGUGUAUGGUCGACUUUUGGCGUUAAUUAGGAAGUUCGAUGAAUAA